AUGCUGUCGGUUAUCGGACAGUCAGCAUUGUUGAUGGACGUGUGUGCACAUAAGUAAUCAGCUCGAGACCUCACUCGGCGUUUAUUUUUGAGCCAGAAGGAGAUCUGCCCGAUGAACCGCGAGGCCCUGCGCAACGGAUUUGCUGAUACAUUGCAAGUUCUAUUCAAUUCAUUUGAAACUAGAUUCAAUUUGCCCUUGGCGCUACGCGAGUAACCGCCUGAGUGCCAGUCCGACACGCUCUUGAUCGUUCCGAACUGUACAUAAAAGUUCGACUCUCAUGAUUCUGAUGAGAACAGUCCAGUCAUCCGCCCUCAAUCUCCCCACUCCUCGCUGCUUCGUGCUCGCCAUCGUGGCCGAUUCCCUGACGUUCGCGUUGGUUAACCACGCGGCCGCUUGCUCCCCAUGUCCUCGCUGCCGACAGGAUAUACUGAUGCGGCGUACUUGCGGGUAGCGUCGAUGGCGAUCGGGGCAUACGAGCUGAUAUGCACUUUACCUGCUGAGUAUCGCUUUUAUCGACGGCAGAUUCGUCGGCGGUCUUUCAGCCAGUACUGUACUCUUUUCAUACUCAUCCGAUAUCUAAGCGUUGUAGUGGUCGUCGUCAGUAAUGUCGGCUUCUUCGGUGACUUCCCAAUGCUGGAAGAUUGUCGUCGCUUCAUGCUUGUCUCUCCUAUCUGCAAAGUUCUGCAACAAGUCGUGUCCCAAUUAGUUCUCUUAUCAAGGACAAUUGCAAUCUCACGCAGGUCGCGCUGGGUGCUCUGGGUGUUGAUCGCAACGCUCUUAGUUACCGUACCUGGAGAGUUUUAUACAAAUAUCAGCCAGAGGACACCUGUCUGGAAUCCGGUAACACUCAACUGCAUAUCCGGAAAUGUUGCCACGCGCCGAAUUGCAUGGAUUCACUAUCUUGACGCGAUGAUCUUUGAUCUCGUUGCCACCUGCAUCUCGACUGGCUACUUAUGGUAUUAUAGGACAACUGCGAACAGGAUAUCAUAUUUCCUGCAAACCCUCCUAUAUGAAGGACUUGGUUACUUCGUCAUUCUGACUGCCAUAAAUAUUGCGAAUCUUGUGUUAUAUCUUAAACAAAGUGAAGCGACUCAGUCCACUGGCGCAUCUCUCGGAUACGUGAUCAUCUUCAUCAUGAGCCAGCGUAUUCUUCUUCGACAAAGAGAAUUCGCGGAUAAGUACUCCAAGUCGUCCGCGUUGUCGAGUGGCAGCGACGAAGUCUCUGUCUCUCAACGGCUCGACACAACGCGCGAAAUAAACGAUGCACUACGCUCGCAAUUCGAAACGUACACUAGCAAACCAUCGUUCUCUCAAUCCCAUUCACAUCAUAGCCGUACGUGGAGUCACGGACGACGUGUGCACGAGCGUGCUGAACUGGAUUUGGACGAGCCAACGUCAGCAACGACGGAUCGUGACUCUCGAUCAUCACCUACAGACCGACGGCAAUCUGCAAACGAUGUUGAGUCGGGGUUCGACGUGCAAGUACGGAUUGAACGAACAGUAAAGGUGGCACAUCUUCCACCUGCGGCAGCCUUAGGACGGGAGACCUAUAGGAAGCCGCGUGUUAUGUGGGAGGUUUGAGUGGUUGAUUACCACCCAACACCCUUUAACUCCUUUUCUUGUACACGCGAGGAUUCGGCUCCGACGCUUUUCCGUUUCCCUUGAUAUGGAGCCGAGUCCCAUUCCUCGUAUUCGCUCUAUCUCCCGCUACACGUACAUGUAUUAUUAUCAACUCGCUAUCACCACAGCAGCUACUACAGUCACCGUAUCCCAGGACCCUGUAUUACUGCCCUCAUCUGUACACUACAGACUGUACAACAUACAAUAUGACUGACACACGACUAGUUUUUGCGAACAUCCUCGACACACUCGCUAUUACCGCACUUUCGACUUGCUUUGUCCAAUUUUCACCCGCAUCUGCACC